CAGCUAGAACAGCUGUGUGGAAAGCCUAGUUUGAAAGGCAAAAAUGUACAGUUCGUAACAUAAACAACAAAAUUCGCGUGUAUUAAAUGUAUCUCGGAAGAGUCGGAACUCGGAGUUCAAAUCGGUCGUUUUUCUUUCGAUUAAUUUUAAAUAGUUAAAUAUGUAACUCGUAAAUUAUUCCGUGUGAUUUUAUCUUUCGUCAUAUCCGUAUUAUUGUUCGCACAUGCCCGUACGUUAUCGCUCACGUAACGCCUCAUUACGAUGAAAGAAUUGGUAUGCGAUUUUUCUUGAAUCAAUUGGUUGUGAAGUUGUAUCUAACCUUACUCAUCUUGCUUUCGCAAUCGUUCAAAGUGAGCAGAUCGACACAGGAAAUAGAAGCGAAAAAUACUAUGAAAAAGCUGAAACGUGAUAACAGCAGCAGUCAAAAACCUGCCGUACCCGGUAAACCGACCAUACUACCAGCGCCGGAUAAAUCGCCGAGUGAUAAGAAAAAAUACAAAGUAGUUCGACUUCCUAAUAAUCUAACGGCGUUACUAGUGUCAGAUGGACCUGAACUGUACCAUAUAGAAGACUUUUACAAUAUAUCCGAUUCUUCGAGUAGCAGCGGCGCAUCGACGAGUGGUUCGAGCGGCGAAGAAGACGACGACGAUGAUCCGGCGUACGAAAGCUGUCGAACAUUGGAAAAUGUUAAAAACGAUAAGUUCGCCGCUUGCGCGUUAUCCAUCAACGUUGGCAGUUUCAGUGAUCCGAACGCUAUACCUGGUUUAGCGCAUUUUCUAGAACAUAUGGUAUUCAUGGGGAGUAAAAAGUACCCGAAGGAGAAUCAAUUCGAUGUUUUUAUACAGAAGCACGGCGGAUCGACGAAUGCGGUUACAUCGUGCGAAUGCACGACGUUCUAUUUCGAUUGCAACGUUCGUCAUUUGUUCAAAGCGUUGGAUAUGUUCUCUCAAUUCUUCAUUUCACCGUUGCUGAAGAAAGAGUCUAUGGUUCGCGAACGUGAAGCCGUUGAUUCCGAAUUCGACCUGGCUACUUCGUCAGAUUCGGCUCGAAUUGAACAAUUGAUCGGUACUUUUGCUUCGGAAGAGAAUCCAGUCGGUAAAUUCAUGUGGGGUAAUUCGAAAACCCUCAAAGAUCGCGUAUCCGAAGACGAACUCUACGAAUCGUUGCGGUCGUUUCAUCAGCAGUAUUAUUCGGCUAAUUUGAUGACCGUAGCCAUACUAGCCAAGUUACCUAUCGAUACGUUGGAAAAUUGCGCUCUAGAGUGUUUCACCAGCGUUCCCGAUCAUCAAGUAUCUCGUCCUACGCAUAAUAUCACGAAACCGUUAUUCGUUCACGAAAAAUUCCAUCGAAUGUAUUACGUAACAUCGGUGAAAAACGUUACCAAAGUCGUACUUAUGUGGGAAAUGCCACCGGUCGAAAGUCUCUACCAUAGCAAACCGGACGAACUAAUUAGUUGGCUCGUAGCUCACGAAGGCAAAGGUAGUUUACUAUCGUACUUGAAGAGUAAACUAUGGGCUUUAGGAUUAUGGGGCGGUAUAACCAACGACUCGGUAUACUGUAAUUCCCUGUAUUCGUUAUUCCGAAUGGAAAUCGCCCUAUCCGAAGACGGCUUCGCUCAUCUAAUGGAUGUGAUCACAGCGACGUUUAGUUAUCUGAAACUAGUUCGAGCAUCGUUACCGCAACGCAGACUGUACGACGAAGUAAAAACACUGAGCGAUUUAGAUUUCAAAUUCCAAGAAGAACAAACUACCACCGAAUUCGUCGAGAACAUAGUCGAAGAUAUGCAUUACUAUCCUUCGAAAGAUUUCCUAACCGGUCCUCAUUUGUAUUUCAAGUAUAGUCCGGAAGAAGUAACCAAACUGUUGGAAUACAUAACACCCGAAACGGUCAAUAUCAUCGUACGAGCCAAAGAAUUCAGCGAUUCCGUAGUCAUCGAUCAGGUCGAACCUUGGUUCCAGACGAAAUACGGAUCGGUGCAGAUCCCUCCGGAUCAGCUAUCGAAUUGGCAGAACGUAGAACCGUACCCGGAGUUCAAAUUACCGAGCAGUAAUCCGUUUAUUUCGAGUGAUUUUCGCAUUGCACUACCUGCCGGCAACGAAAGCAAAUACCCGACUAAAAUAAAGAAUAAUCAAUUUAUGGAAGUAUGGUAUAAAUUAGAUACUGUGUUCAAGUUACCAAUAGCCAGUAUCAAUUUGCACUUUUUAUCGCCGGCCGGAAUGAGUACGAGUAAAUCAUUAGUAAUGCUGGAUCUGUUCGUUGGUAUGAUCACAUAUAUACUGAUGGAAGAUACGUAUCCGGCCAAUUUAGCUCAGUUAUAUUACGCUAUCGAAGUUUCGCCCAGAGGCGGUGUUCUGGUAAAGAUGAAAGGAUUCAAUCACAAAUUACCCAAACUGCUCGCCACUGUGAUCGAUUGUAUGAAGAAUUUCUCCAAAGAAUUCAACGUCAACAUGUUCAACACUCUAAAAGUCGAACUAAAGAAAACGUAUCGUAAUACUUUGCUGAAACGAAACAAUCUCGUACAAGAGUUACGCUUCACCGUCAUCGAAGAACCGUAUUUCAACACGAGCGAAAAAUACGGAGUCGUUUCGCACAUACACGAAAAAGAAUUCGUCGCUUUUAUCGACAGCUUUCUCGGUAACUCGUUCGUCCAAUGCUUAGUUCAAGGCAACAUCUCUCGCGAAAACGCCAUCAACGUUUGUCACAACAGCGUCAAGAUGUUCAACUCGAAACCAAUCGCUAAGAAAGAUCUACCCUACGUGCGAAUCAGACGUAUACCAGUCGGUCAAAAAUGCGUUUUCAUGAGAACAUUCAACGAAUUAGACAGCAACUCGGUAACAGUUAACUACUUCCAAUGGGGUAACGCUAACAUGAUGCAGUACGUUAAACUAGAGUUAUUGGUCAAAUUGAUGGAAGAGAAGGUAUUCAACGUUCUGAGAACGCAAGAGCAGCUCGGUUACGAAGUUUACUGCACGUUUAGGAAUAAUUUCGGUAUCAUCGGCUUCACCAUAACCGUCCAUUCGAGUACAUCGAAAUUCGAAACGUCCUACGUCGAAGAACGUAUUUCUCUAUUUUUAGACGAUUUCUCCAGCUCUUUAAAUAACUACAAACACGACGAAUUCUACAAAGAGCGCGAAGCCUUGAUUAAAACCAAAAGCAUCGUGUACGAUAAUCUGAAACAGGAAGUCGAUUACAAUCUACACGAGAUUAUCAUGGAAGAAUACGUAUUCGACAGACGCUGGAAGGAAAUCGAUUGGCUGCAUAAAGUAUCCCUAUCCGAUAUCAAAGCGAUGUUGACGUCAAUUACGAAAAAAGGCAGUGAUCGAAAUAGAAGACUGACUAUUCAAGUCAUCGGUAACAAAGCCGAUCCUCCUACCAAUGUCGCCUUAAUGGAUGACCAAGCGUUUGAUUUUCGAUUACUCGAAGGAGAAGAAAAUUUAAAAAAUUAUUACGUCAAAGAAAUCAAAACUUUCAAAUCGAAUUUAUUCCUGUAUCCUAAAUCGAAAAUAAUGAACGGUAAAGUUCCCAGUAUACGGUGACGAAAAACUACUCGCGAUAAUCGCCAUCGCCGCCGUUAUCUACGAAAAAGAUAAUGUGUCGAUGAUCGCGCCUAAAUUCAUACACGAGUCGAUGUUUUAUAUGUACGAAGAUGACUAUGGUAUUCGAAAUUUUUGUACGUUCCUUCGUAAUUGUGUGCGUUUUAUUGGCUACGCUCCUUAUUCGGUUACAAUUGUUCAGCGAUUCGAUCAACAUACUCAUUCUAUGAAGCUGUGUUCAAAACUCGAAUAAAAUUUUUUGUCAAUUUUGAGCUACCUAGUCUAAUGUAUGUUUCGCAUUUUUUUCUUUUUUUUUUGUAUGCGUUUAUAUUAUUCGAAAUCGCUAAAUAAACGUGCUAUUUGUUUCGAA